AUGCUUGAUUUGUUUUUCAGGAUCCUGAUGGAAACACAAAAUUUAGACGAGGCAUACAACGCAGUGUUGAACGAGGUAAACAAACGACGGCUUGGCCUUGUAGAAGAUUCAAGAGGAUAUGCGGAGUCCAAGAGGAUUUUUGAAAGAGCUGUGAAGGUUUCUGAAGAGCUCAAGAGGAUGAGAACGGUAUUUGGAAACAAUGCAUGA